GCGGCGCACCGUACAUGAACAUCCACCGAAUGAACGGAGAACCGGAAUGUCUGGCGGCGCUCGUGAGGUGAUGCCGUGAGUCCGUUAUCCGCAUCAUUCAUUAUAUCACCGACGGAUGUCCACCCCAGAGCCCCCGUUAGGAGGGACGUCCUGUCCAGGGCCCUCACCCGGUCCGGGCCCGUCUCCUGGAGCUGUUCUGGGAUCAGGACUGUCUCCUGGAUCUUCACACAGUAUGAUGGGCCCCAGUCCCGGACCCCCGACUUCAACAACACACACUUUUCCUCAGCAGGCGUCUGCAGGAUACAACCAGGAAAACCUCCAUCACAUGCACAAGCCGGUGGAGGAGAAUCUUCCAGAAGACGCUCGUUUCAGUCAGAUGAAGGUUGUUGCGAUGAGGGCCGGACAUGCGAUGACGCGUCCAGGAAGUCCGAUGGAGCAGCACUCUCAAGGUUACCCGUCACCACUGGGCGCUUCAGAACAUGUGUCCAGUCCUGUGUCUGGUAGCGGGCCUCCAUCAGGUCCUCUGCUCUCCACUUCAGGCUCUAGUGUCCCGUUAGAGGGUGUGGACACUCAGUCUAUACCGCAGCAGAACCGCCCGGGAGCCCAAAGCGCCGCCUCUGGUUCUGUGAGCGGUGCCACCGGCCCCCCCACACCCUUCAAUCAGAGUCAGCUGCACCAGCUGCGGGCACAGAUCAUGGCAUAUAAGAUGCUGGCUCGUGGGCAGCCGCUCCCUGACCACCUGCAGAUGGCAGUGCAGGGCAAGCGUCCAAUGCCAGGCAUGCAGCAGGGUCAGAGUCUGACUGCAGCGCCACCUGGAGGUGGAGGUGUUGGCUUCAGCAGAGCCCAUGGGAUGGUUGGACCCAACAUGCCCCCACCAGGACCCUCUGGAGUCCCGUCUGGAGUUCAGGGUCAGAACCACAAUGGACCGCCCAAACCGUGGCCUGAAGUUUCCUGUGUUACAGGUCCGAUGGUGAAUGCGGCGACACCCUCGAACGCCCCUCAGAAACUGAUGGCCCCCCAGCCCACCGGCCGGCCUUCACCCGCACCCCCCUCUGUGCCGCCUGCUGCCUCUCCAGUCAUGCCCCCUCAAACCCAAUCACCAGGACACCUGUCUCACCCGCCUCAGCCCACGACCAUGAUCCCUCUACACCAGAAACAGAACCGCAUCACGCCCAUCCAGAAGCCCUGUGGCCUCGACCCAGUGGAAAUACUGCAGGAGAGAGAGUACAGGCUUGAAGCACGUAUUGCUCACCGUAUUCAGGAGCUGGAGAAUCUUCCCGGGUCUUUGGCGGGAGAUUUACGCACCAAAGCGACUAUAGAGCUGAAAGCCCUGAGACUGCUGAACUUCCAGAGACAGUUGCGUCAGGAAGUCGUGGUUUGCAUGAGACGAGAUACGGCCUUAGAAACAUCACUGGAUGCUAAAGCCUAUAAACGCAGCAAGAGACAGUCGCUACGUGAAGCGCGAAUCACUGAGAAACUCGAGAAACAGCAGAAGAUCGAACAGGAGCGCAAGCGGCGGCAGAAACAUCAGGAGUAUCUCAACAGUAUCUUGCAGCACGCUAAAGACUUUAAAGAGUAUCAUCGCUCCAUCACCGCAAAAAUACAGAAACUCACUAAAGCCGUCGCCACGUAUCACGCCAACACAGAGCGCGAGCAGAAGAAAGAGAACGAGCGCAUCGAGAAAGAACGAAUGAGACGCCUGAUGGCUGAGGAUGAGGAGGGUUACAGGAAGCUCAUUGAUCAGAAGAAGGACAAGCGUCUGGCGUACCUGCUGCAGCAGACUGACGAGUAUGUGGCUAACCUGACGGAGCUGGUGCGUGCUCAUAAAGCUGUUCAGGCCCUCAAAGAGAAGAGGAAGAAGAGGAAGAAGAAGAAGAAGCUGGAGAAUGCUGAGGGUCAGACUGGAGCCCUGGGGCCUGAUGGAGAGCCUCUGGAUGAGACGAGUCAGAUGAGUGAUCUUCCAGUCAAGGUGAUUCAUGUGGACAGCGGGAAAAUUCUGACCGGAGUGGAUGCCCCUAAAGCUGGACAACUGGACACGUGGCUGGAGAUGAAUCCUGGUUAUGAAGUUGCACCGCGGUCAGACAGUGAGGAUUCUGGGUCUGAGGAUGACGAGGAAGAGGAAGAGGAAGCUCCUCAACUGCUUCCUUCUCAAACUCCUGCAGAAGAGAAGAAGAAGAUUCCAGAUCCAGACAGUGAGGACGUGUCAGAGGUCGACGCUCGACACAUUAUAGAGCAUGCUAAACAGGAUGUUGACGAUGAGUACGGUAGCGCGGUGUUUGCUCGCGGCUUGCAGUCAUAUUACGCUGUAGCUCAUGCGGUCACUGAGCGAGUAGACAAACAGUCGUCUCUACUGAUCAACGGUCAACUCAAACAAUACCAGAUUAAAGGUUUGGAGUGGCUGGUGUCUCUUUAUAAUAAUAAUCUGAACGGGAUUCUGGCGGAUGAGAUGGGUUUGGGCAAAACCAUUCAAACAAUCGCCCUCAUCACGUACCUCAUGGAGUACAAGCGUCUGAACGGACCGUAUCUCAUCAUUGUACCGCUCUCGACUCUGUCUAAUUGGGUCUAUGAGUUCGAUAAAUGGGCUCCAUCUGUUGUAAAAGUCUCGUAUAAAGGUUCUCCAGCCGCUAGAAGAGCAUUCGUACCGCAGCUGCGGAGCGGCAAAUUCAACGUGCUGCUCACAACAUACGAAUACAUCAUCAAAGACAAGCAGGUGCUAGCGAAGAUUCGCUGGAAGUACAUGAUAGUAGAUGAAGGUCAUCGCAUGAAGAACCAUCACUGUAAACUGACGCAGGUGUUGAACACGCAUUAUCUGGCACCGCGACGCGUGCUGCUGACCGGAACGCCGCUGCAAAAUAAACUCCCUGAGCUCUGGGCGCUCCUCAACUUCCUGUUGCCCACCAUCUUUAAGAGCUGCAGCACAUUUGAGCAGUGGUUCAACGCGCCCUUCGCCAUGACCGGAGAGAAGGUGGAUCUGAAUGAAGAGGAGACGAUCCUGAUCAUUCGCCGUCUGCAUAAAGUUCUGCGUCCAUUCCUGUUGCGCAGACUGAAGAAGGAAGUGGAGGCGCAGCUGCCAGAGAAGGUGGAGUAUGUGAUCAAGUGUGACAUGUCAGCUCUUCAGAGAGUUCUGUACAGACACAUGCAGGCCAAAGGAGUUCUACUGACCGACGGAUCCGAGAAAGACAAGAAGGGUAAAGGCGGCACUAAGACUCUGAUGAACACUAUCAUGCAGUUGAGGAAGAUCUGCAAUCACCCGUACAUGUUCCAGCAGAUCGAGGAGUCGUUCUCUGAGCAUUUGGGGUUUUCAGGCGGUAUAGUUCAAGGAGCUGACUUAUACCGAGCGUCAGGAAAGUUUGAGGUGCUGGAUCGAAUUUUGCCCAAAUUACGAGCAUCCAAUCACAAAGUUCUGCUCUUCUGUCAAAUGACAUCACUGAUGACCAUAAUGGAGGAUUAUUUUGCUUAUCGCAACUUUAAAUAUCUCCGUCUGGAUGGUACGACUAAAGCAGAGGAUCGUGGGAUGCUGCUGAAGACUUUUAAUGAUCCGGCUUCUCAGUAUUUUAUAUUUCUGUUGAGCACCAGAGCGGGCGGGCUGGGACUCAAUCUACAGAGCGCAGAUACCGUCAUAAUAUUUGACAGCGACUGGAACCCUCAUCAGGAUCUUCAGGCUCAAGAUCGAGCGCACCGAAUUGGACAGCAGAAUGAGGUGCGUGUUCUCCGUCUCUGUACCGUGAACAGUGUUGAAGAGAAGAUCCUGGCAGCCGCUAAAUACAAACUGAACGUGGAUCAGAAGGUGAUUCAGGCCGGCAUGUUUGAUCAGAAGUCAUCGAGUCACGAGCGCCGAGCGUUCCUACAGGCCAUUCUAGAACAUGAAGAACAGGACGAGCCCGAAAGUUCUUGUGUGUGUCUGCGACAAGCAGUCCCUCAGAACAGGGUUUCAGCUGGUCACGUAGUUACUUCAUCGAGCAAUGCUUUAACCCCGGAGAAGGAAGAAGACGAGGUGCCGGACGAUGAGACGGUGAAUCAGAUGAUCGCCAGGAGUGAAGACGAGUUUGAUCAGUUCAUGCGUAUGGAUUUGGACCGGCGACGCGAGGAAGCUCGUAACCCGAAGCGCAAGCCGCGUUUGAUGGAGGAAGACGAGCUGCCCACCUGGAUCAUGAAGGAUGACGCCGAGGUGGAGAGACUCACCUGUGAGGAAGAGGAGGAGAAGAUGUUCGGUCGCGGCUCACGUCAGAGGAAAGAGGUCGAUUACAGCGAUUCGCUCACAGAGAAACAGUGGCUGAAGGCGAUUGAAGACGGGACUCUGGAGGAGAUCGAAGAGGAGGUGCGGCACAAGAAAACUGCUCGCAAGAGGAGGCGUGAUCGAGACCCGGAUGCCGUUCCGUCCACCUCAGGGACUCGAGGAGCGAGAGAGAGAGAUGAAGACAGUAAACGACAGAAGAAACGAGGUCGUCCGCCGGCAGAGAAACUCUCACCAAACCCUCCGUCCCUCACCAAGAAGAUGAAGAAGAUUGUGGACGCUGUUAUUAAAUAUAAAGAGAAUAAUGGCCGUCAGUUGAGUGAAGUGUUUAUUCAGCUGCCUUCACGGAAAGAACUGCCCGAAUACUACGAGCUCAUCCGCAAACCUGUCGACUUCAGGAAGAUCAAAGAACGCAUUCGUAGUCAUCGAUACCGCAGUCUGAAUGAUCUGGAGAGAGACGUGAUGCUGCUGUGUCAGAACGCUCAAACCUUCAACCUUGAGGGCUCACUGAUCUAUGAGGACUCGAUUGUGCUGCAGUCAGUCUUCACGAGUCUCUGUCAGAAGAUCGAGCGAGAGGAAGAGAGUGAUGGAGAGGACAGUGAUGAAGACGAGGAGGAUGAAGGAUCUGAUUCAGAGUCUCGGUCUGUGAAGGUGAAGAUUAAAUUGAGUCGUAAGGACAGAAGUGUGGAGCGCGGCAGAGGACGCAGAAGAACCGCGAGAACACGAGCCAAACCCGUCGUUAGUGAUGAUGAUACUGAUGAAGAACAAGAGGAGGAUCGCUCUAACAGCGGCAGUGAGGAAGAGCAGGGAUGAAGAUCAACACCAUCACAAACACCCACAGAUGUGCACAACUAACCCAUCAUUCUCUAGAUUAAACUCAAAUAUAAUCACACAUUCUUCAUUAAACUUUCAUGAAAACCACAGAAACUUUGUGACUAUAUUCAGAUGAUGUGACUGUAGUUUGAUAUUUAUAAUCUCAUAGUUCUGCUGUUUCUGUGAUGCUCAAUAUUAGACGCUGAUGUUUGAUAAGAGAAACAUUUGUGAUCGUUUAAUGAUGUAGUGUAAAUCUAGUGUACUGUAAGUUCAUCACAUGUAUGUACAUCAGUCGUUCCCAGUCUAAACUUUGGCACCCCAACUACUUAAACAUUUAUAUAUAUUUGAAAACACUCCAUUAUUUAAAAAGUUUCAUAUUAAUAUAAAACACUUAAAGAUGUAACCUUAAUUUAAGUAAACAUUGCGUCAAGUUAUUAAAGUAAUUAUUAAAGGGCCAGUAAUAAAAUAGAGAACAGAGGAAACAGUGUUUGAAGUUUGAACAGCAGCAAAUAAACAUGUAAUCUAAUGCAAAAUAAAAGCACUGAAAUUAUUACAAUCUUUACUGGGAUUAUUAGAUAUACAUUAAUACUGAUUCAUUUGACAGGGAAGAAGAACUCAUUGAAGUUUAUUAAACUCUAUUAAAGUUAUCCAGCCGAGGACAGUGAGUGCAUUUCUCUCAUUAUUGUCAAUAUUGUUGUUUGAUUAAUUUUAAUAAUAGUACAGACAGACACACGUGAACCCGUGAAAGCAGCUGGCCGAAGUACUUUUAAUAUCAGUGGUUAUUAAAAUAUUGAACUGAUUAGAGACUCUGCGUCAGUUUGGGAAACAUUGAUGUACAGUAUGUGGAUGUUAUAAUAAACAGCAUGUGUGUUAGAAUAAGAUGUGACAGUGUUUAUUCAUGUUAAAGACUGUCAGUUUCUGCUUGUCAAACUGUGAUUGUGAUGUUUAAAGUGUUUCAGUGCAUCUGAUCUGCUUAUGUAAAUGAAUGGUAAUAUUCAUAUUGCUUGUAGUUGCUCUGUGAUGGCAUGUUCCUGUAGUAAAUGUGUUUGUGUGUGGAGAUCUGAUCUCUCAGAAACUUACAUUUCAUUCAGUGGGUAUCUUAAUAAACACAGAAAUAUUUCCA